AGAUGUGAAUGCGGAGAAUUAAAGUUAAAUACAUGUGUGAGGGAGAUCGAUAGAUGAGAGUUUUUAAUCCUAAGUUCUCAAUUCACAAAGCUCUAGAGACCUAACCUCGAGCUAGGUGAGCAGUAUCUCCAUGCUGAUGAGUAUGACUGUUCUAGCAAUCUCCACAUACGCUCUUCUCCUUCUAUAUCCUUCACACAGAUGGGAAAGAGAAGGAAUAGGAUCCGUUGAUGGAGCUUUUAAUAUUCUGCCAGAUACUUGGUCUGAGAUCGGACAGGACGAAGUAUGUACGGAUACUGAGAAGGAGAAGGUUUGGAAUUCUCUUCCUGAAUGUACACCCCGUAAUAUCCUGGUUCGGGUUCCAUUCCCUCCAGAUCCAGAUACUAUCCAGUUUAUUCCGAGUCUAGUGGAGGUUCCUAGAUGCGCUGGAACCUGUCACCAGGAGGGUCAACUUUACCACAGGUGCGCAGCCAAUGAGACUUCUCAGCGUGAGAUUCCAGUUAUAAUUGAGCGUGUUUCCGGUCAGACCACAGAGGAGAUCUGUACGACCGUCAAGGUUGAAAUUCAUCUAUCUUGUAACUGUGGUUGUAGAAAAGAAACAUGUCAUGGAAACCAAGAAUUUAAUGAGAAGUCCUGUUCUUGCAGAUGUAAAGAUGCAGGAGCUAUGGGACAGUGUUUAGUGCAGUAUAACAAGAUCUGGGACGGGGAGAGAUGCCUCUGUAGAUGUAGACCAGAGGAGUGGAAGGAAUGUAAUACAGGGUUCUCAUAUGACGGAGUUUACACCUGCCAAUGUCUCCCAGGUCCUCCUCUCUCUGCUUCCUCUGGUAUAGUGGUAACCCUGAGUGUUCUAGUGGUGGUGCUUCUAGUUGGAAUAGUUGGGGUUUCACUCAUGUACAGAAAAUCACGCAACCACGUCUCACAACUCAUUAGGUCGAACCUAGAUAAAGAAGCGGAGAACUCGGAUACUCCAGAACCGGAGAAUAUGGUGUUGCUUGAAGAUAAGGUUAAUGAGCUUAAACCUGUAAAUCUACAGAAAACUCCUGAAAUGGAAUUAACUGGAGUAAACUGAUGCAAACAAAAAGUAUAGACUAUUUCAAAAUGCAACGUACUGCAAAGUAGAUUGUACUUUGAAUGUAAAGCCAUAUAAAAGAAUCAACCAAAACUGAAAAAAUUGUACAAAAUAUAGUUUAAUAGUUAA